GCACUAUCCUUGACGCAAGUGGCAGCUCGAGCGCAUCGUCCGGUGCAAGCUCGGCCACUACCGCAGCUGGCGCUGCCGCGCUUCUUCGCCUGCUGCAGCUGCCACUUCGUCGGCAGCGGCCACCAGCGGAGCAAACAAUAUCAAGGUCGGCCUUGCCGGACUCAUCGGCGCUGCCCUCUUCGCCGUUGCCGCAUAAGCCUCUGGCAAUGGGACUUGGCAGGCGUGAUGACGAUACGUCAUCGCAUACCCUGUCUGCCGAGCAAGGGCUACAAACACACCACUACUUUAAAGAUUUUCACAUCCCUCUGUCAACUGCGAAAACCUCACUUGAUACCUCUUCGCCUCUUAUUUUUGACGAUCUUAUCUACCUCAGCAUCAAAAGAACGGAGCCUAAUCACUUAUUCCACUAUUAUUGAAAGAAAGCACAUGACAGACAGGCUGCAUUGAAAGGACCCAAAGCGCUCACGAGAGUUUGACCAAUGAUUUCACGCGCGCCUGUUGACGUCGGUCUGACUCAGUCGCACUUGUACCUGAUCAGCUCUUGGGAAGCGAUCAGAAGGACCAC